AUGCGGCUGGCUCAAUUGCAUCGGCCGCUGCAGGCCGUUGCCUCAGGAGGCUACAGACCGGCGCUGACGUAUUCUCUAGCCCUGCGACCGGCACUGGUCGCGACACCGAGCUUUCGCGAUGGGAAUGCAUCGAUUGAGGGCCGAAAAUAUGCCUCCGUGAAGAGCCAGGGAGCCUACAAGCUCCGGCCGCGGAAGACGAUACCUAAGAAGUUAGGUGCCAAAAGGAGCGGAGAUCAAUAUGUCAUACCCGGAAACAUCAUCUACAAGCAGCGCGGCACAAUCUGGCAUCCAGGCGAGAACGUCAUAUUGGGACGAGACCACACAAUCCACGCCGGCGUGGCCGGAUACGUCAAAUACUACCGCGAUCCUCUACGUCACCCCACAAGACAGUACAUUGGAGUGGCCUUCAACCGCGAAGACAAGCUGCCAUACCCCCGCCAUGCUGUCCGCAAGCGCAAGCUAGGCAUGGUCGCGGUGCCGAGGAAGGAGGGCGCGCCAGCCGACCUUUUGAGCGCCAGCGGCCUCCCACGAAGGGUAGUCAGAGAUGCGUACUAUGAUCUCCCUACCGAGACAUCUAAGAAGACCCGGAAGGCCAAGAAGGCCAAGGAACCGCAGGGUCUGGCUCUCGUUACCAGGCGAUGGCAGGAGCGUCGUCGCACGCGGGUCCUUCACCUCAAUAGCAACUAUAGCUAUGCGGAAGGAAACGCCGCCAUCGGCCGGCUGGCGGGACGCACAAUGUACACGGCGCCGUGGAAGCUGGGCGGCCGGAAGGCGCGGUUCAGAAAGAUGGCGCAAAACAAGAAGCUCGAGGCGAAGCAGAAGGAGUUGGAGAGGGAAGAGACGAGACAGCGCCAGGCUGAGAUGCGGGCAGCUGAGGGGCCAAGAAAGGGCAAGGCUUCGAAAGGAAAGGAUGGGAAGAAGACCGCGGCAUGA